GGUUUGUCUAGCUCAGUUUAGGCUGGGCGGGGGCGGGGGCAUGUUAAAGUAUUUGUCCCACACCGAAGAGCUAUAAAACAAUAAAACAUUAUAUAAGACUUUGGGUUAUUCCUCCUAUCAUGUUGACCUUUUAGAAAUGAACCCCAUAUCUUAAUAUGGUAUCGGGCUAAAUCGGUACUGUCUCCAUUUUUCCUGCCAUUACACUUAGCAACAUCAAAACUCAAAUCACCAUUACUCUCAAUCUAAAUGACGAUGAGUAUCCCUCUUGGGUGUUCUUGUUUGAGAUUCAUCUCCAAGCUCUUAAUUUGAUAUUCCUCAUUGAAGGUGAUGGUGCUCCCAUCGCCAUUUAUGGCCCCUACAAGCAAACAACUUGACGCGUUAGUUCGUCAAAGGACGUUUUCUACCAUGACCAAAAAACUAAUGCUUACCGUCCUCAAAUCUGCUGGUAUUACUGCCAAUGACUUGUGGGAGCGUCUCAAAACAUUGUUCCAGGACAACAAGAGUACCCGUGCAGCCCUUCAGGAAAGUAAAUUUUCAAUCUCAAAUUCACUGAUUGUUCUGAUGUCAAUGACUACUGUGACAAACUCAAGACUCUGUCUGACCGGCUUCAAGACCUGGACUUUCUUAUGGAUGAAAAAUGCCUUGUCAUCGUGCUCGUCAGUGGACUGUAGCCUGAAUACGACACAACUUUCUCUUUCAUCUCUUACUCCAUGCCCUCGUUUGAGGCCACCCGGUCACAGCUUCGCACAACGUCGAGCCUAACAACAUUCUGCCGCCCAAUCCACAACUAUGGUGGCCUAGGAGAAUCCCACGAUGCUACUGCAGUUAUUGGCUCCUCACCGGAUCGAGCCACUCCGUCUGUCCGUCAAUCAUUGUCUUAUUUUCCAAUGAACAGCGGCGGGCGUCGCAGUCGUUCCAGCUAUCAGUGACCUUCUUGAUCUACUUCAAUCGAACAUCCACCUCAAGGCCGCACGUCAUCUACAUAGCUUCUCAGGUUGGGACGCCUCUACUACCUGGAUAUCCAUCACCUUAACCUUCAUAUUGGGUUGUGCCGCUGUGUACAUGUCACACGGCUCCGAUCCCUCACUGGUUUGCUGGUCUGCAUUCGUACAGAUCUCGCCCUUCGCAGCGUAACUCUUCUAAAGAGGGUCAAAAUCAUUUUGGCUCUAAUAAGGGCCAGCCUUUUAUUACCCAUACAGCUGAUACCUUAAAGCCCGAAGACAUUGCUGAGGCUUAUAGCUCAUUAUCUUUACAGCAACCUGAUGAUUCCUUUUAUAUGGAUACUGGGGCCACAUCACAUCUCACGGUUACUCCAGGUACUUUGUCUCGUGUUUUUAAUAAUAGCACUAUAUGCUCAUUAUUAGUUUGUAAUGGUAGCCACAUUCCAAUUACUGCAUGUUGUACUAGAACCAUAACCCUCCCUCAUUGCCAACUUUAUCUUCAUAAUACCCUUGUUGCCCCUCAUAUUAUCAAAAUUUUGGUACCCGUCCUCAAAUUUACUACUGAUAAUAAUGUUUCUGUAGACUUUGAUCCAUAUAUUUUCAUGAGAUGCAAUAGUUAUGUGGAGUUAUACCCUAUAACCGGCAAUGUUGUCACCCCC